CUGCACGUGGUGCAACGUGCAUCCGUCACUUGCAACUCUCCAAAAAGGGGCAAAGGCUGCGGAAGCGAAUACUGCACACCGCAUGCAGCUGGUCGAGCAAACUCGAGCCAGCAUGAGCCUUUCCUGUUUGUCCCUGUCCGGCAGAUGAACUAUGAUCCACAAAACACAUGUUGUAGACUUUGCCCCAGCUGGUGGCCUGGCUGCUGCUUGCUGGAACCAAACCAAAAAAAAACCCGGACGUGCGGCUGGCCAGUGGCCCGCUCCUCUUCUCGGGUGUCCUCAGUGUCGAUGUAGUAGUAUGUAUGCCACUGCUGGUCGCUGAUCAUGAACACGGCCAGUGUGGGGUGCGAGCGCUAGAGAGAGAGCAAAGCGAAAUUCGAAGCCUCACGGGGAGUUCGUGCUUCGUGUCUCGCUGCAGCUGUGUUACCCAGACUCGCUCGCCAGCGAGAAAAAUGCGGGAGCAAGUCAAGUCAUCGGCUGGAUCAUGUCUCGCUCGUCCGGGAACCUGGUGCAGACUGUCGCAAUGCAGUCGCCACACACUCCUGACGGCUGCCGAUGGGGAGCGCUUGAAGGUGGGUCAACGGGCGUUCGGAGGACUGGUGCAGUGCUUGCAACUCAACUCGAGUGGUCUGCAGGCGACAGACACUGGCGCGGUGCUGGCGCUUCCGCUCACACAAGUUCGAGACAUCGCCUCUUGGGCUCCGGCGGGAUUCGGGAGAGAGCCGUUCCGCUCCCUGUGUGGUGUUCUUGUCUCUGCGGUCACCGGUCGCCUGUCUUUGUCGAAGAAAGUGCUAGCGAAACUUUUUCAAACCCUCUCUCGUUUGCAGGACGAAACUUUUGCUUCCCCUCGUCAUCGGUAUACCGUAAAGUGAUCUGACGCCUGAAAAUUUCAUGUUAUGAACCCCGCCAUCGAAUGGAUGUUGUAUAUAUGGACCCCCCUCCCCUUUCCCCAUUUCAGUCUUUCCUCCCUCACCCCAUACCCCCUCUCCAACUCGGAGCAUCAUAUACGUCGUUUCUUAGACUUGCCUUUUUGCAAAGUGCGGUCCAACCACUCGCUCUUUCGC